AUGGAUUCUCAAAGACUUAUCGAGCAACUCCGUGAAAUGAGAAGACAAUUAGAGUCUGUUGAUGGUCCUUCAAGAGACCGUAAGCCAACAACAUCAGUACAAAGAAAUUAUUCAAGUCCGUAUUCUCCAGGAAAGAGGACAGCAGUUCCAGAGCCUCAGCCAUAUACCCGAUCCUCUAAAUAUCAAUAUUCAAAUCAAUAUGCUGGUUAUGGAGUUACAAACGAUGCUCCAAAAUUCGCCCGCCAAAACUAUCAACCAAGACCAGCACCAACGCAGCUAUCUAGCCAACCAAAGUAUUCUUCUCAGUAUCAGAAGUCUCCAGUUAGAAGCACUCCGAUCUAUAACCUUCCACAGCAGCCACGAAAUGAUCAAUUCGCCAACCGCUUCACGAGUAUUAACCAGCCAUCAAGAUAUAAUAUCAGACCAACAUAUUAUAACUAUGCUCAGCCUCAGCAAGUUCGUAAUCCCCUUGCAAGGAAACCAUUUGAUCUCAAUAAGAUCAACCAGAUGGCUAUAGACUCUUCUGAUGACUCAUCAAAUGAUUCUGAUGAUAGCUUCUACAACUUCCCAAGCAAAUACUCAACAAAGAACGUAAAGACCAAAACAAGCUUAAAGCGCUUUGUUCUUUCGGACUCGGAUUCAGAUUCAGAUUCAUUCGACUAUGAAUACAAGCACAAGAAGCAUAGCCAUAAGAAGAGUAUUUUCCCUUCAUAUCGCGACGAAGAAUCAGAAUCUUCCGAUGAUACUGAUGCUGACGAAAUCAUCCGCAAGUUCUCUCACAAGAAUAAGCGCUCGCUUGCUACAACCACUAAAUUCGACCAAACAACCAAAUACAAUAAGCCAUUUGAGACAAAGAAGAGCCAAGAUCCAGUUAUCGAAAGAAGGCAACAGAUCAGAGCAUUUAUUGCUUCUCUCGAAUCCGAUUCUGACUCAGAUUCUGAUGAUUACAGACCAAAGAAGCACUCCCACAAGCCAGAACCAAAGAGAUCUUCAUACAAAUUCAGCAACUUGAUUGAUUCAAGCUCCGAGUCAAUUGAAGAGCCACCACGUAAGAAUUACAAACCUUAUUCUCAUCACGACAAGAAACACUCCAAGAAAUACGAAUCAUCCGACGAUUCUGAUGACUCAAUCUUCGACAAAUACAUGAACAAGGCCGGAGCAAAGCUUCCUGCUGCUGUAUCUACAAAUUCUGAGUCAAGUGAGCUCACAGGCAAGAAGAAACUUGCUGCCAUCCUUGCAUCUUCAUCAGAUGAUGACUCUGAGGAGAGUUUCAUCCAGAAGAAGUAUCCAUCUGAAAUUUCAGACCUUUCAUCUUCUUCUAUCAAGCCACAACCAACAGCUACAAAACCAAAGGUCGAGACAAAGCCAAAGGCUGAAGCCAAACCAAAGACAGAACUCAAGGAUCUCAGUGAUUCCGAAUCCGGCGAAAGUUCUACAAGUGAACUCAUUCGUAGAGUUCUCAACGGCACAAACGUCGAUUUAGAUUCAGAUCCCGAUGACUCCGAUGUCCGUGCAAUUCUCAAGAAGCACGAAUCUUACAAAUCUCAAGAUCAGCCAAAGCCAGAGAAGAAAUCUGAGACGAAGCCAGCUUCUAAACCAAGCACAGAUUUCGAUAGACUGAUGAAUAAGUACCUUAAUGAUGAAGAUUUGUCAAGCGAGGAAAUUAUUCCAAAGAAACCACUUCCAAAGACAUCAAAGAAGGACGAUAUCGAUCUUGAUGACGAUUCUGAAGAAGAAAUCAAGCCAUUCAAGGCCAAGGAAGAGACAAAGAAGUCAAUUCCAAAGAAACCAAUUGUUGAAUUGGAGGAAGAAGAGGACAUUGAGGAUAUUGAGAUCAAGCCAAUGCCAACAAAGAAGGUCAUGGCCGACGAAGAAGAGGAAGAUUCCGAUGAUCUCGAAAUCAAGACUGUUCCUUCCAAGAAACAAAUCAAAGACGAUGAAGAUGAAGAAGAUUCCACAGCCAACAUCAAGCCAAUGAAAGAAGCCAAGAAAUCCAUAGAUCUUGAAGAUGAAGAAGAAAGUGACGAUGAAAAGUACCAAGCCAUCCUCAAGAGAUACGCUAAAAUUGCAGACAAAGACAGCGGAUCCCAGAAGAGCUCUCAAAUCCCAGAUGAUGAGCCAUCAAUGCAAGAUUCUGCUGCAGAAAAGGAAGAAGAAGACGAUGAAGAGAUUCCUGUUCCUAAAUUCGCCAAGAAAGAAGAAGUAGAAGAAGAGGAAGACGAUUCAGAGAUAACAGAAUCAGAUAUCCAGAAGAGAAUUGCAGAAAUCAGAGCUUCUCUUAAGAAGGAACAAGAACAACAGGACAAAGACAUCGAAAUCGAAGAAGAUGCUUCAGAUGAAGAUGUUGUUGAAGAAAAGAAAGAAAAAGUAGAUGAAGAAGAGGAAGAAAAACAAGAAGAAGAGAGUAACACAUUCAACUCCGAAGACAUGAGAUUACUCAAAGCUGCAGGCGAACUUUCAUCUGUUUCCACACAAGGAUUCGCUGAUGACGAAGAGGAAGAAGAGACAAAACAGAAAGAACCAUCAUCUCCAAAGCGUCUUUUAAAUGACUACGACGCUGAAAUCGAUUUCGAAGAAAGCGAAGAAGAAAUCAAACCAAAACAAUCUUCUCCAAAACCAGAACCAACCAAACAAAAUUCUCCAAAAUCUUCUGUUUCUGCCAAAUCAGAACAAAUUAAAGAAACAUCAGCUAAAUCUUCUGUUUCUGCCAAAUCAGAACAAAUUAAAGAAACAUCAGCUAAAUCUUCUGUUUCUGCCAAAUCAGAACAAAUUAAAGAAACAUCAGCUAAAUCUUCUGUUUCUGCCAAAUCAGAACCAGUUAAAGAAACAUCUCAAAAGUCAUCAUUCUCUGCUAAGUCAGAACCGGCCAAAACAGAGUUGAUUGUUGAUGAUGAAGAAGAGGAAGAAGAAAUAGAAGAAGAUAUACAAGAAAAGAUUAAACUUCCUUAUAAGUUACCUGUUUUAGAUUCUGAAGAAGAAGUUCAGGAGAAAGAAGAAGAGGAAGAAUCAGCCAAAUUAUCUGAUGAUGUAAAGAUUGAUGCUGAAGAAGAAGACGAAGAUGACAUCGACACAAAGAAGUUCUUAGAAGAAUUAAAGAAAUCUACAAACAGAAAGAUAAUUUUCGAUGAUGAAGAAGAACAAAAACAAGAAAAGAAAGCUGAAGAGGAAGAAAUCGAAGAAGAUGAUGAUGAUAACACAAAUCUUUCUGUUGAUGAAUUAAUCAGAAAAUUCCACAUCUCAAAGAAAGAUCUUGAUUCUGAAGAAGAAGAAGAUCAACAAAUUAAACAAGAAAAACAAGUUGAAGAAAAUGAUGAAGAAGAAUCAUUUGAUAAAGACAUCAAUCAAAUCAUCAAAAACAUCAAUAAACAAUCAGUUGAUGAAGAAGAACAAGUUAAACCAACUGAAGAAGAAGAAGAUGUCAAUGCAAUUGUAAACAAAUUCAAGAAACCAGUUGAAGAAGAAGAGGAAGAAGAAUCAAAUGAUCAAGAUAUCAAAACAUUAUUAAGCAAGUUCAUUAAACCAGAAGAUCAACAAAAAGACGAAGAAGAAGAGGAAGAUUCAGAUGACGAAGAAAUUAAACCAAUCAUGGAGAAACUCAACAAAUCAGCUUCUCCAAACAGAGAACAACCAAAACAAACUUUACCUAAAGAAGAAGAAGAAAAUGAUGAAAUUCCAAAGCCAAUAAUAAACAAAGAAGAAAACGAAGAGGAAGAAUCAGAUGUAGAUUUUGAUGAUGACGAAAUCACGAAGAUAAUGGAAAGAAUAAAGAACAAAUCAAUAUCUCUUAAAGAUGACGAAGAAGAAGAAGAUAUCCUCAAAAGCGACAACGAAGUAGAUGAAAUCAACUUCACAAAAUCGAAUUCCGAAGAAGAGGAAGUCGAGAAAGUAGUUGCGGAUGAAGUAGACGUAGAAGUCUCAAAGGAAGAUGAAGAGAAAGACAUCAAAGAAGAUGAGGAAGAAGCAAUAACAAGCUAUGAAGAUAUUGCUAGAAGACCAGAACCAUCAAAUGAUUCUGAAGAAGAAGACCAGGCUAUCAAAGGAAAAAUGUCCGCAGAUAAUAUAGAAGAACAGCUUAAUAAGAAUGUCAACGUCGGUGGCGGCGAUGACAAUCAGAAGAAAGCUGUAAAUGAUGAAGAGGAAGAAGAUGAUGUCAAAUUACUUGAAAAUCUGAAAAAUAAUAAAGAUCUCAAAUUAGAUGAUGAGGAAGAGGAUGAUGAUAGCGAUUUUGACUUGGAUGCUGUCAUGAAGAGAUAUAAUUUGACUCAAGAAGAUUUAGAUGAUGAUGAUGAGGAAGAAGAAGAAGUUCAAAGUGUUGAGGAUAUAUAA